UUCAUUUGCAGGGUUAUUUUGAGCUGCAGAAGUCCCACAGAGCCUCCAGGGAAAGAAUAGGAGUUAAGCUCGUGUUUUCUUUUUUUCUCCUCCACUGUCCAAUUCUUCCUCAAGUCAGUGGGGACUUCCCUCCAAACGUAGGGUUUCCUCUGAUCUCUUGACAGGAUUUCAAAUUAGAUUUUCUUUUUAAUUUACUUUGAAGCAAUGGAAAACAGUCCUCUGCAGGUGCUGACUGUCGCCACGGCCCCUUACCCUGACCAGAGACCCAGCAGCAGCGGCCUAAGGAAAAAGGUCUCUGUGUUUCAGUUCAAAAGGAGCUAUCUGCACAACUUUAUCCAGAGUAUCUUCUCCUCCAUCGACUUGCGAGACCGACAGGGUUCAACCAUGGUGGUGGGAGGAGAUGGACGCUUCUUCAACAGAGCUGCCAUUGAGGUCAUUGUGCAAAUGGCAGCUGCCAAUGGGGUUGGUCGUCUGAUCAUUGGACACCACGGCAUAAUGUCCACACCCGCCGUCCCCUGUGUGAUCAGGAAGUACAAAGCCAUCGGUGGCAUCAUCCUCACUGCCAGCCACAACCCUGGAGGACCUGAUGGAGACUUUGGCAUAAAGUUUAACACCGCAAAUGGAGCCAGCGAGGCUGUCACAAGCAAGAUUUUUCAGAUCAGCAGAACCCUUGAGAAAUUCGCAAUUUGCCCCGGGCUACGCGUGGAUCUGGAAACCCUGGGAAAGCAGGCCUUUGAUCUGGAGAACAAGUUCAAACCCUUAACAGUGGAAAUUGUGGACUCUGUGGAGUCAUAUGCCAACCUGCUGAGGAACAUCUUUGAUUUUGCUGCUCUGAAGGACCUUCUUUCUGGAGAGAACCCCAUCAGAGUAAGAAUAGAUGCCAUGCAUGGAGUCUUAGGCCCAUACGUGAAGCGAAUACUGUGUAAGGAGUUAGGUUGUCCCGCCAUUUCUGCCAUUAACUGUGUCCCAAUGGAGGACUUUGGGGGUCAACACCCAGAUCCUAACCUCACAGAUGCUGCAGAACUAGUGGACAGCAUGAGAGAUGGGUCGUUUGACUUUGGUGCUGCGUUCGAUGGCGAUGGGGACCGCAACAUGAUACUGGGCAAACACGGCUUCUUCGUCACCCCCUCUGACUCUUUGGCUGUCAUCGCAGACAAUAUCUUCUGCAUCCCAUACUUUCAGCAUUCAGGAGUGAGAGGCUUUGCUCGCAGUAUGCCCACAAGCACGGCAUUGGACCGGGUGGCCAAAGCAACAAAGAUAGAGAUUUAUGAAACUCCUGCUGGGUGGAAGUUCUUUGGAAACCUUAUGGAUGCAGGCUUGGUGUCUUUGUGUGGAGAGGAAAGUUUUGGCACAGGUGGAGACCAUAUCCGUGAGAAGGACGGCCUUUGGGCAGUGCUGGCAUGGCUGUCCAUAAUUUCCACCAGAAGGCGGAGUGUGGAAGACAUUGUUAAAGACCAUUGGCUUAAAUAUGGAAGAAACUACUUCACAAGGUAUGACUAUCAGAAUGUAGACUUAGAUGCAGUGUGUGACAUGAUGGAGGAUCUGGAGAUCAUGAUUGCAGACAAGACUUUUGUGAAGCAGAGGUUUGCUGUGAAGGACAAGAUCUUUCAAGUGGAAAAAGCAGACAACUUUGAGUACACUGACCCAGUCGACAGCUCCAUCUCCAGGAACCAGGGACUGCGGAUUAUCUUCUCUGAUGGCUCUCGGAUCAUCUACAGACUCAGUGGGACAGGUAAUGAUGGGGCCACGGUUCGGAUUUAUCUUGACAGCUAUGAGAAGGAUCUGCUUUUUGAGGACACUCAGGUGAUGCUAUCACCCCUCGCAACCAUUGCACUGAAGAUUUCUCAGCUUCAUCUCAGGACGGGUCGAAUCGGCCCAUCAAUUAUUACAUGAGCUUUGCCUAUUAUCACUCCAUUAUCAUGUAAUGCCUCUUUGCCUCUUCUUUUAACUUUAUUUUUGUAUAAACACUGUAGUAAAAUGUCCUGCUUGUUGCACGAGUGUGAAAAUGAACAAGAAUACAUUAAAAGUUUAACUCAC